AGGCUGAAACCGAAAGUAAAAUGUAUUUCCUUGGCAGGCUGCAGGCAAGGGAUCAUGGGAGCAGCAGCAGCUGGUUAUGUACACAGCUCAUCAUCAGCAGGAAUCCAUGAAGCCAAAUGAUAUUUGAAGUUUGAAAACUAAAAAUGGAUUUACAAGACUUAUGGAACACUAAAGAUAAGUGCUUUGCCCCUUACUCUGAAAAGGGUGAUCUUAAAGAAGCUGUUGUGAAGUCCAUUGAAUACAAAGAGACGGGUUUAUCUUAUGCAGUGGUUUUAUUUUCUGAUGCAACAGAAAAGAAGGUCUCAUUAUCACAGCUUUGUAAAUCCUCAGACUUCCGCAACUCCUGGAACACGUCAAUGUUUGAUGAUGAAGAUUUGGAGAAACCUAAUUUCCCAGACAGGAGACCCACAGCUCCUGGAGUAGAUUUCCUAUUAUCGAACACUGGGGUUGUUGUUCCUUACACUAUCAAUAGGUAUUUACGGGACUACCAAAGAGAUGGUGUCCAAUUCUUGUAUGAACACUACGUUCGAUCAACAGGAUGUAUCCUUGGUGAUGACAUGGGACUUGGAAAGACAAUACAGGUCAUAUCAUUCCUAGCUGCAGUACUAAACAAGAAGGGUACAAAAGAGGACAUUGAAAAUAAUAUGCCUGAGUUUUUACUGAGAGCAAUGCACAAAGAGCAUGCUACAGCAGCUAGUAAAAAGGUUUUUCUAAUUGUGUCACCAUUAUCAGUGCUCUUUAACUGGAGGGAUGAGCUAGAGACAUGGGGACAUUUCAAGGUAACAGUCAUUCAUGGAAGUAAAAAGGAUUUUGAGCUGGCACGAUUGAAACAGGGGAAAUAUGAAAUUGGUUUAACUACUUAUGAGACUCUCCGCCUGUGCUUAGAUGAGCUGAACAGUAUACAGUGGUCAGCUGUCUUUGUAGAUGAAGCACACAGAAUUAAAAAUCCAAAGGCAAAUGUGACACAGGCCAUGAAAGCUUUAAAAUGUAAGAUACGGAUUGGACUUACAGGAACUAUACUACAGAACAACAUGGAGGAGCUAUGGUGUGUUCUUGACUGGGCUGUGCCUGGAUGUUUAGGAAGCAAAAAUCAAUUCAAGGAGGAGUUUUCAAACCCAGUAGAACUUGGACAAAGGCACAAUGCUACCAAGCGGGAGCUUGCCACAGGAAGAAAGGCCAUGCAAAAACUGGCCUUGAAAAUGUCUUCAAUGUUCCUCAGACGUACCAAGUCUCUUAUAAGUAACCAGUUACCAAAAAAGGAAGAUCGGAUUGUCUACUGCUCUUUAUCAGAAUUUCAGAAGGCCGUUUACCAAACAGUGCUGGAAACUCAAGAUGUCAAAUUGGUUCUUCAUGGAGGUGAACGGUGCAGUUGUAAAAGUGGCCGGAAAAAGAGAAAUUGUUGCUACAGUAAAAACCAAUAUGGGGAAAGUGUGAAGACGCUUUAUUUCAGUUACCUGACUAUUCUCCGUAAAGUAGCAAACCACGCAGCUCUGCUACAGUCAGACACCAGCACCAGCAAAAAACAGGAAGGUCAUAUUCAAAGAAUCUGCAGUGAAGUAUUUUCUAAGUUUCCAGAGUUUAUCCAGCAAACUAAAGAGGCUGCAUUUGAAACUAUUUCUGACCCAAAAUAUAGCGGAAAAAUGAAGGUCCUUCAGCAGCUCCUAAAUCACUGCAGAAAAAACAAGGAUAAGGUUCUUCUUUUCUCCUUCUCCACAAAGCUGCUUGAUGUUCUGGAGCGAUACUGUAUGGCAUCAGGGCUGGAAUAUCAUAGACUUGAUGGAAGCACAAAGGCAGAGGACAGAGUAAAAAUAGUGAAGGAAUUCAACAGUAUGCAAGAUGUAAACAUUUGCUUAGUUUCCACAAUGGCUGGAGGUUUAGGGCUCAAUUUUGUUGGGGCAAAUGUUGUGGUGGUGUUUGACCCAACCUGGAAUCCAGCCAAUGACCUUCAGGCAAUUGACAGGGCCUAUCGAAUUGGUCAGUGCAGAGAUGUGAAAGUGUUAAGGCUGGUAUCAUUGGGAACAGUGGAAGAGAUGAUUUAUUUAAGGCAGGUUUACAAACAGCAACUUCACUGUGUCGUAGUUGGGAGUGAGAAUGCCAAACGCUAUUUUAAAGCUGUACAAGGAUCAAAGGAGCAUAAAGGCGAAUUAUUUGGCAUCCAAAACCUGUUCAAGCUUAGAACUCAGGGAACCUGUUUGACCAGGGCUAUAUUAGAACGUGAAGGUCAAGUAGAAGCUGGAGUCAGAAGUGCCGCUAUGUAUAUAAGUCAGCAAUCCGUUUCAAGUGAUACAACUAUGGACGCAGUUAUUGAUAGUGAAAAGACCGUGAGUUUAAAAGCAGAUGAGCAGUUCCAGAAGCAAGCUUUUGAUUUUAGCAGCGAUAGUGAUGAUGACAUAACUGGUGGUUCAAAAAGAAAAAGUAACAAACCCUCUGCGAGUGGUGACUGUGGUAAGCAGAUCACAUUACAACAGUGUGGAUUUUCAAGAUUGCUAGAGAGAGGAGCAAAAGACCAAGACAGCGACAUUCACCAUUCAGGGAGCUCCAAUAAUGAUUCCCCAUUAAAAACAAGCAAAAAAUUGACCCAUCACAACUUCAGACCGGCCCCUGAUAUAGCUGUACAAGGCCAAGCAAGUAAUAAUCGCAGCUGGAACAUAUCAUCUGACUCUGAUGAAGAUGCAACCUCAAUGACCAGAAUUAAAAGGCAGUUUACUAAAGAAAUCCCUGCUGACCGGGAAUCUGGUAGUAACUCGGAUCAGGACAUCAUCUUGCCCACCCAAGCCCAUACAAGCAGAACCAUAAAAUUUGUGGGGGGCACCAAAUUCAUUGCGGAAUCUGAUGAAUCAGAUGGUGAGAAAACAAUGCAUCGAGCAAGAGACUAUAGUAGUGACUGCAUUAGUGACGAAUCUGAUGAUAUUACAAUACCAAAUAAAUGUAUGUCACAUAAAACUAGUAUCUCUAAGCUGAAAAGGGAGCAUAAAAACCACUCCUACCAUGGCAAACGUGGUGCAGCGAAAGAUUCACAGACUAUAGAUGCAUUCUCUUCAUCUGAUGAUGACAAUCUUCACAACAAAAAAAUGUGUAUUGACCAUAAACAACAGAGAGGCAAAACCAGAAAGCUAAGAAAUAACAUUUGUUCAAGAGUUCAAAACUCUAUAAAGAGGUGUAACCCAGGUGUGGUACGGAAAUCUGCCGGCAUGACUGAGGAUGAGCGUGUCACUGAUACCAUUGUCCCUCUGACACAGAAUGUGGCUUCGUUCGACGGAAUUUUAGGUGGUGUUGCUGAAGUUGCUUAUGUUCACUCAAAUCAAAAUGUGGUUGGAUCAAGCAAAGCUGAGAAUCAUAUGAGCCGAUGGGCAGUAAGAGAUGUGUUUGAACUGAAGCAAUUCUCACAGCUCCCUGCCAAUAUGACCACCCACAAAAUAGAGGAAUGUGAUCUAACCACAGCAGAAGGAUUGUCGCAAGUAGACGUGGUGCAAGACAGAGGCCUGUUACUUUAUCCUUUGUUGCACAAGCAGAAAAAAGUCCAUCAGCUUGGUGAAACAAUGUUUCUGGUUGGUGAAACACCCAAAACAAUUAGAAAGAGGCAUUUUGACAAAAUGGUGGCAUAUUUCAAAAUGGCUUCUGCAGAACAGCUUGCUCAUCAUCUUGUCAACGUCAAAUCUCAUGUGCGACAGACUAUGCUGAGAGAAUUUUAUACCAGUCAGUAUUCUGAGGUGGAAGACCUGUACCCAGUGCAAGUUCAGUUACCUGACAGAAAGAAGAUAGAAAAUGGGCCUAAAGCUAAGAACUACAUAGACAAAAUGGAAAAAAGGAGAAAAAAAUGUAUUAUGGAUUGUCCAAGUCGCUUAGCUAAAGAAGCAGCUUCUGUGGAUUCAUAUGGUAAUUCUAGUAAUAACUGUACAAAAACUUUGGAAUUUAAUGUUAUUGAAGACAACUGUAUUACAUAUACAAGGAUUAAGAAAAAGAACAGCCAUAGAAAUGAGCCGGAACACCUUCCAGACAGGGAUUCCAAAGAGGCAGAGCCACAUACAAGAACGUCUCCUGAGAUAAGCAUCCAUGCCGCACAGGAUCGGUUACCAAAACAAGAAAAUCUGACCAAGAAAAAAGAGGCAAACUUUGUUACGGAAUUGCUGGGUGAUACAUCUAUACUUGAUGAUCUUUUUUCGAAUAGGAUGGCCCGUCAGUCUGCUGCCCUGCCAAUGACUUCUCAGUGUGGCCUGGCAACAACCAAAGCAAAUCACCAUCCUAAAGACUUCUGGGAUAUUCUCACUGAUGAAAAUGAUGAAAGUAUCAAUAGACUCACUGACUUGUCUGUGAUCGAAAAAGUUUGUGAGAGUUCCAUUUUGCCUUCAGUAACUAAGAAGGACAAUUGGGAUAAUUCACUUUGGGCGGAGAAUGAAAACUUCUUAUGGCGGAAAAGUGAGAAUACAGAAAACUGACACACCGUCUCUUGUUAAAUAAUCAGAUCCUGAAUGUGCACUGCUGUUUUCUGCCAAGACGGCUAUCAUGUAUGUCACAUGUUCAUGUUUUAGAGCUGUGAUUAUUUUUACUACAUGAAUAACUUAUUGUGUUAUUUUAUAUGCAAAUAUUUUUAUUUUUCAGCUGACUUUCAGACCUAGAUAGAAAAAAAGAUAAUUCUAAUGGAGUUAAAUUAACGUUAGAUUGUGAACUACUUGGGAUCGAUACGUUUUAUUGACAGUCACUAUGUUGACAAUGACUAUGUCAAUCCCGAAAUGCUGGCAUCACAGUGUCGACAUGUUUCAUUAUACUUAGGGCAUUUUAUUGUAUUACAACUUGUAAAGCAGCUUGUUUAUACUGUAGUUAUAAUUCUGAUAGGGUAAAAAUUUUCUAAGUAGCAAGUUAACCAUGUUGCUGUUAUAGCAUCAGCAUUCCUACAAUGACAUACGGGUCUAUUUACUAAGCCUUAGAUGGAGAUAAAGUACCAGCCAGUCAGCUGUCAUUUUUCAAACACAGCCUGUGACAUGGCAGUUAGGCGUCAAUUGGCUGGUACUUUAUCUCCAUCCACUUUAUCUCCAUCCAAGGCUUAGUAAAUAGACCCCUAGUCACUGUUGACAUAUUGACUGUCAAUAAACUAAUGACAUGCCAUUUAUUCACAAACAAGCUAUCCACACUUUUAAGUGAAUGUAAUAAGCACCAGUGUCAUAAUUUCUUAGUAUAGGCGAUUUUAACACUAAAACAAAGAAUUUACAUUUUGGUAUACCAUGGAGCGGUACAGAGUGAGUGUAAUGCCCUGUAGUUUACUUUUCACGAUUCUGCAUAUUUUCUGGGAAUUCAGGACUCACAAACAGUUUGAAAAGUGUUUUGAGAUUUAUAUAAUGGCAUAGUGUAAAGCCAUAUAGAUCCAAUAACAUACCAUAACAAUUUAUAUCAGUUUUAUACCUGUAUUUGAUCUCUACAGAUACUAACCUUAUAUUUAAUGUACAGUAUACCCUUUGUUCAUUUCAUUUUCCGCCUAUGGGCUCCAUGGAAGCUUAGUUACAGAACACUGUUUCAGAACCACAGAUUUAGCUCACAUCAUUGUGGAGAGAUGUGAUCUAUUCUGCAAGUUCCCUAGCUGUACUUGUGCAUCUGAAUGUAGGCUGCCGUCUAUAAUAACUUGGCAAACACCUCUUAGGUUGAAACAGAUGCUGUUGGGUGAGACUGAAAAGAUUGUUACCAAGCUGCUAUGUAUUUUUCCAGAUAAAUAUAACACAAAUACUAGUCAAAGUAUAAUUUAUCUGUUUUAUUACUGUAUUUUAUACAUUUAUUGGGCGGGAGGGGUAUAUGUGAUAGCUGAUAUGUGAUAUUGCAAUAUUGCUUUUAUCACCUCUUUAUAAUGGGUAAUAUAGGGGGACAUUUACUAAGCAGUGAUAAGAGCGGAUAAGUGAGCCAGUGGAGAAGUUGCCCCAUCAACCAAUCAGCAGCUUUGUAUCAUUUUAUAGUAUGCAAAUUAUAGAUGUUACUUCAGUGCUGAUUGGUUGCCAUGGGCACUUCUCCACUGGCUCACUUCUCCGCACUUAUCACUGCUUAGUAAAUGUCCCCCAUAGUAUUCUAGCCCAGUUGUAGUUAACUACUCCUUUCUAUGCAGUAAGUGUACAAGGUGAAAUAGAGCAAAAUGUGACAGAACACAUUAUUUCUGACAAGUAAUUGGCCAGUCAGGGCAGGGAAUCUUUCACCUUUCAGAUACUUUACUCCAUAUCUAAUUAGAUAUGACCAUUUGCCCAUGUGAGCUUAUUAUCAGUGUCUAUUACUCUACUGCUUUCCCUGUUGCUUGAAUCAUAGCAUUAUAUUAUAUAUUAGAUUAGAUUAUAGCAUUAUACUGAUACUUAUUAGCCAACCAGAAUUGCCAAUCAGUGAAAACAAUUCUGACUUUCCUUAAUUGACUCUUAAGGCACAGCUAGCAGGUCACCAAGAUUUCAGUUUCCACUGAUCAGAGACUUUUGACCAGUGGAUUUAAAGCCUGGUUUAGUACGCAUUUCUAUUAUUGAUUUAAAUCUACCUAUCACAGCUUGCGGUGAAAAGCCUACGUUUAGUAACUCUGGCCCCUGAAGUAUUGCGAUGGGUCUACUGCAGCAAAAUAUACAGAUAACAUGAGGUGCUGGGGCUGUUUCUGAUUUGCACACAGACACGGCCGUCUGUAUGCUAAUGCCGCGGCUGAUUUUGUGAAUACUGAGACAGGUCUUUAGGUGCGGGAUCGAUGCUGCAGACCAUUCAGGCUCAGGCCUAUUAUGUCUGCACAGCACUGCAAAGGGUAGAGUAGCUCUGUUACCCCAUGUGGAAUGCUUCAGCUUCAUGUGCAUUUGGUUGUUAGAAAAUUUGUGAGAAACAUUCCACAAUUUCUGUAUUUCUUACACUGUUUACAUGUUUUAUUAUUGCGAAACUUAUUUUAAACAUGGUUUUUAAUUUUAUUGUUAAUGUGUGUAUUCAUAUAAGGCCAUCAAUAGCAGCUGCUACAAAUAGCGCACACCUGACAACAGUGCAUAAGUGUAGGCUAUUCAUGAGACCUAUACCCCCCUUGUAUAUAGAAGAAAGUAGCAGACUUGCAGAGCUUUCAUCCAAUACUUGAAUCAUUCAAUAAAAUAUUUCAUAUAUAAUGUUUGUACAAAACUGAAUCCACAUGAAAUAAAUUCAGUUCAUGUACUCCUAUAUAUAGCACAUAAUAACUAUAUUCUGGUAGAGCAAGAAACCCAAAGGGACCAACACAGUCCUUUUAACGAGCAAUACCUCCAUACAUUAGUCAAUAUAAUAUACUAUAGAAUGAAAGUAUUACUUAUAUUCUUUCAGUUUAACUGCUUGGUUUGUACGAUGAUGUUCCUAUAUACAAUGUGAUGGAAAUGCUUGGUAUAUAAAAGGAGAAAAUGUUAACAGGCUGUCCAGUGGGGGAGUGGCCUGAGCACAUGCUCACAAUCACUUGCAACCUAUAUAUAUAUAUAUAUAUAUAUAUAUAUAUGUACUGUAUAUUUAUAUGUGUAUAUAUAUAUAUAUGUGUAUAUGUAUAUAUAUAUAUAUGUGUAUAUGUAUAUUUAUAUGUAUAUAUAUAUGUGUGUGUGUGUGUGUACAUGCAUUCAUACACACGUUAUUGUUGUUAAUGAAGUUUUGACUGUUAUUCAGAUUAUAAUUAAUAUGUGAUUCAUCGGAAUACCAAAAUAAAGUGUUUGCAUUUUCUUGUAA